UCCUAGUGGAGAGGGUCCCUUCCCCUCUCUCUCUCUCUCUCGUUUGGCUAAUCGCGGAAUCAGAAUCAUUCUUUCGCAUCUCUUCUGCCUGUUCAAUAUUUCUUUCACCAUCUCUUCUGCCCCUUCAAGAUUUCGUUAAAUUCGGGGUAGAUCUGUUAGUUAUUUCAUCAUGAGUUCUGCGAAAGAUCAGGAAUCAUCAUCAUCGGCUUCAUUCCCAUCAUCUUCUUCUGCUAAAGAGAAGGAAAGUAAGACACUAAUUGAUGAAGUGGGGAUGGGAGAUUAUGGUGGGGUUUGCGCUAUCUGUUUAGAUGAGAUUUCCCUCAAGGAAACUGCCUUCGUGAAGGACUGCGAGCAUGCCUACUGUGUGACUUGCAUCCUUCAAUGGGCCACAUACAGUCAGAAACCAACAUGCCCUCAGUGCAAACAUCCAUUUGAGUUUCUCAAUGUCCAUCGCUCACUUGAUGGCCGAAUUCAUGAUUUCAUGUUUGAGGAGAGUGUGAUCCUCCUCCUUAGAGCCUCAUGGUUUAAACCUUUGGUGGUGGAGGAU